GGAUUGGCAGAGUUUCAACUUUACAUAACAAAAUGCAAUAAUUUUUGGCUGUUAUAAAAACUUCAAAAACGCGUAAAAAGGAGUGAAUUGGUGCAAAUUUUAAAUUGGUAUAAUAUCCUGGUAACCACAACAAGCCAAAGAUGUUCAGUUCCCUAUCCGGAAGAGCCGCAGUGCUCUCCACCGAAGUCGCCCAGAUUUUGCUGCGUAACACAUCGAUUCGCACGGCCUCGACCUUCAAAACGACCGGCUUACUUACGGCGAACCAUGCUCGUUUCUGGCUUCAGUCACAACCGCUAUCGCUGCCACAAGCUAAGCACUACGCGACAACCGGUCCGACCAACCCAACCCAGCUGGCCGCCGGCGAAGACGAACAGGGCGGCUUCUUCAAGCGCUUCAUCGCCCGGAUGGGCUGGAUCGACAACUCGAAGGUCCGCCUGCGCGUGUCCAGCUGCACGCUGUACGAAUCGGUUGCGGACAGCAUCAACUACGCGGAGUUUUUCACCCUGUUCCGUAUGCCGGACACGUUUAACACGUGGUUCCUGAUCACCGAGCUGCACGUGUGGAUGCUGCUGGUGCGGUCGAUGGCCGAAGGCGCGGAAAAGGAUGCCGCCGGACGGUAUCUGCGAAAUUGCAUUGUCGAAACCAUGUGGGACGACGUGACGACCCGGGCGAAGAAGCUCGCGGCGAGCAAUCCGUCGGCGGUGAAGCCCCAGAUUCAGAUGCUGUCGGAGCAGUUUCAGGCGGCGCUGAUUUCGUACGACGAGGGCGUUUGCUUCGACGAUAAGGCACUGGCGGCGGCCCUGUGGAGAAGGUUCUUUUCGGGCCACUGUGACGACUACGAGAAGCUGGAGCUGCUGGUGAAGUACGUGAGGAAACAGAUGUCCAUGCUGGACCAGCUGAGUCGUUACGAUUUUGCUAUCAAACCGAAAGUCCAGUGGCUGCCAUUAGUUGACAAACCUUCAGUAUAAAAUAAUGAAUAAAAUGGGGUUUUAAUUCAAGUUAAAAAGU